AUGGAACCCUCCGUUGCGCAUCGUCCAUGGGAGGACGUCAAACCUGGGCUACAGGCACACCCUAUGGUCACGACGACCCAGACUCUUCCUUCGAUUUCUACGCUGACCGCUAGCAUGAGCGGCGUCAGCGUUCCGCCUGGCGAAAAGUCGCCAGCAAGCUCUAUGAACACGCUCGAGCGGGACUCGGGCAAUUGGUCUAUGCCGCAAAGUACAAGUGAGUUCUUUGUCAGUCGGCUGAAUACGACAUCGCAUGCUGACGAGAUAGGAUCGUCUACAUACUCACAGACGACGAAUGGAACGGGCAACUACCAUCCUAUAUCGUUUCUUAAUUCAUCCCAACAACCAUCUCCGAGUCGUCACUCUGGUGUUUCAGAACGGUCGCCACUGAAUCAGGAUCACUCCAACACUCCUUCUCCAGCCGGUGCCAACCCUACCCCCGCCUUCGCUACCUCACAAGCCACUUCCUCCACGCUCCCGUCAAUCAACCAGAAUUUUGAGGCGCCGGCACACCGAAACAGUAUUAUUGAUUUGCCGGAGUCAAGGCGAAGCAGCGUCGAUAGCCGCAUGAAUCAAGGCAUCAGCGCUCUGGCCAUCAACCCAACGUCGCCUUACCACAGCACUAAUGCGUCGCAAUCGUCAAUAGUGUCAGGGCUUCAGAGAGAACGCGGCAUAUCCAAUGAUUACACAAAUACAAAUGGCUUCCGGGGGCCUCGCUACGGAGCCCAACCUUUAUCUCCAUUAGGGCCUCGCGGCGGCGAUCAGCGUGGAUUUCCUUCGGGUCGCACCGCCCCUGCUAUUUCAUCCAAUCCUCGAUCUGAGAUCUACAAUGCCGAGGCUCCCACAGCGGGUAUGGCAUACGCCUUUCCAGAUCCUGACGUUGCCCGGUCUAGUUCGAGUCUCACCUCUCAGGACAAGGCGACCACACCACAGGGCCCGUUCUCACGCAAGGGGAGCGUGGCCGAAUCGCUCAAUAGUAGUAUUUUCUCCACCGAUUCUCGAUUACCCCGAGGUCAGCAAGAGUUGCCGCAGAAUGUACAUCAUCAUUCGCUGCAGCACAAACAAGUGCGCGGUAUUAUAGGAGAUGCCGAGUCUCCCAACAAUGCUACUCCGUAUAGCCGGACGCCGGAGUUGCGGGUCACGCAUAAGCUGGCCGAGCGCAAGCGUCGAAGUGAGAUGAAGGAUUGUUUUGAAAUGCUCCGGAUGCGACUGCCACAGAGCCAGAACAACAAGUCUAGUAAAUGGGAGACGUUGACCAGAGCGAUUGAUUAUAUUACUUCCUUGGAGAAGCAACUGACGACUUCACGACGCGAAAACAACGACCUGCAACGAGAGGUGCAGGAGCUGCGAGCGCAGCUUGGCGGGCAGCAAGUCAACGGCAAAUCUCGACAGCAGAAUAUGUAUGACCCUCACCCCAUGGCGUCGUCGUCACAAUCGAAUGGCUCGCCUCAGUCCACGACCUAUCCCACUUAUGCUUCCGGGAUGGCUGUCGAGCAGCCACGGACCCUCCCGCCGCUUAUCAAUGGGUCGGUGGCGGCCAUGCAAGGGAUUCAAUAUACCGAAGAGCGCCGAUAG